UAACUGUGGAUUUUAGCUAGCAGACUUUGGCAUUUMCCAGUUAGCUAGCAAACAUUGAAACUCACGGAUGAAGAAUUAUUUCGAGAAUUUGCUCUGUUUUGGAACACUCCCGUGGCCAGCGUGCCGACAAUCUUUGACUGUAAAGCCAACACUGGACUGAUGGCUAGACACAUGCAUGCCGAGGUUAAAUAAAAUGACGUUAGCCAGCUAACGUUACUGUAGCCAGCUAUUGGAAGUGGUCACAUGCCAGUCCAGAAUGUUAUCUAGCUAGCUAACAUUAGUGGUUGACAAGGGAAAGAAGAUAUCCUACCUGAAACAUGUUUAAGAACGAAUAUCAGGGUGGAGCUGCUGUAGAGAUCUUCAGUGCACAAGGGAAAGAUCCUGUUGCAAAAUGGAAACUUUGUGGAGGAAAAUCAGCUAUAAAUAAAGAGUUUGACAAAGAGGUCAAGAGCUUUGUGUACAGUCUGGAGGGGAGCAGCCAAGCUAUUCAAAUGCAGAUGCCAAAGGAUGGAAAAAUGGCUCUUGGACUGGUACAGAGAUUCUUGGUCCUCCAGCUGAAUGUUUCCCAAUGUAAAGACUUCUCUACAGAGCUUGUGAUAACUGAUUUAGGUCAUCUGAAAAGGAGGCUGUACCUAUCCACGGUUCAUAAAGAGUUCUCUGCUACACCCUUGCAUGCAAGGAUACCUUUAGGUCUGAAACGCAACGUUUGGUGCAACAUGUGCAUCGACCUUGUGUCAUUCACCAGUGAGCUGUUUAAAGGUGCAGGGUUCUUAUCCCUGGAUGGAAUCACUGUCUCUGCCAGCUGUAAGUUACGGAGAAUCUUCACCAUGAAGACUGAGCCUGCAGGGGCUUCUGAUGGAGACCUAUAUAUUGGUGGAAAUGGUCCCAUGGACUCGAUCCCUCGGAGCUGCCAGUUACCCCCUGACGUCCACCAGGUGAUCCAGGUAAUGAACAUGGAGCGGCUGAGACUGGCAGACCUGAAGACUUGCCCUCUCAACUCUGAGUCUGAUCAGUCAGGCAGUGUCAGGGUAGCCAGUGUUGCUCGAGGCCCCAAGAUCCAGCCGGACGCCUCCCACAUCGCAUUUGGAUCGAGGGUUUUAGGACCCCCUCCACUGACCGGAAGGAAGAACGGUGGACUCUCAGAGGGACAGGGACAGGACGGGAGGACACAGGACGGGAGGACACACCGAAGCAUGAAUAUGGGGUCUGUCUCUGGUGCAAAAACAAAUAGAACAGCUGCUUCAGAGAGACAUCAGGAUCAUGGAGACUGGAGCGAGAAACAACCUGGUCCCAGUAGCCAGAAGAAUGACUCUGUUUAUGAGCUGGCAGGGAAGCCAGGGAGCCUGCAGCCGCGACCACCUAAAGACAGAGCGUCAUCAGACAAGGCGGGGUCCAGGAAGCUACGGGUCCACAGUGCAGGGAAGGAGAAACUGGCGCCUGGCUCAGACGCUGAACUUAGCCACCAUGGAGACAGGAACCAACAACGUUUGACCCCCAGUGAGAUGAGUGGAGACCAAACAGCAGACAAGUUGUUGUCUCCCAGACCUGUUGACGAGGACAGAGCCUGUUUGGAGCCCUCCAAAUCUUCUCCAGAGCUUCUGUCUGGCCAGUCGACCCCUGUCCCUGACCUCCCCCCAUCACCAUUACCCCUGCAGGACUCGGACAGUGAUGACAGUGAAGGGGAGAGUGAUGUGGAUGAAGUCUCUGAGCCUCAGUUCUCAGUGGAAGACGUGUUCACCUUCUCUUCUCGGCCCCACUCAGCCAAGCGAGGCCAGGGACAAGGACAUGGAGACCAGGGCCAGGGACAUGGAGAGACCUGCUGGACUGAGGAGGCAGCUCAGGCCGCUGACACCUACGGCCAGCAGGACACGGGAGGGCACAGGGGGGCCAGGCCAGACGACGACUUCCUAGCCAGCGAGAGUGAGGAGGAAGAGACGUCCUCUAGGUUUCUCUAUCAGGGGUCCAGUGUCCCCCCCAGCCCUGGUACUCCUGGUGUUCCCCCCAGCUCCACCCCUGGUAUCCCCGGAUCAUCAGGCUUAGAUGAGGACACUCCGCCCAGAGCACGGCCUGGGUCCAGUGGGUUCAGUGGGUCCAGUGGUGCGGACCGAACAUUUACCAUAGAGCGAACCCUAACCCACACAGACCCUGCAGGGUGUAAAACCAGGCUGGCUCCCCACACUGACUCCCAAGCAUACAGGAGAACAUUAGAGGUGCCUGGGGUGGUCCCAACCCGCUGCCGGUCACCCUGUCAGAGUACCAGGCAGGGGCAGAGACACAGCAGUCUGGGCCAGUCUGGACCUGGGGGAAGAGGAGGGGGAGCGAGCCAGACUCCGGACAGGAGCAGCAGCAGAACAUCACUGAGCAGGAGAUCUCUGCGAGAGAUCAUCCCCCGAGGAGACGCCACAUUAGACAAGGUUAGGGACUGUCUGUCUGCAGCCAGCCUGCGUAUGCAGGAGGAAGAGGAGGAGGAGGAGCUACAUAUGCUGGCCCAGUCUACGGCGGGAGCAGGAGGAAGAAGAGGAGGGGGGAGGAGCAACAGGUCUCAGUGCCUCUCAGAUCCACCAAUGUAA